GCCAAAUUAGCUAAAUUAUUAAUAGCUAAAAUAUUUAAAUUUACGUGAAUACCUGAUAUUUAAUUCCAAAUAACAAAAAAACAAUUUUUAUCUGAAUUUUCCAAAUUACCCCGAAAACAUAAUGAACUGGAACCGAAUUGAAACCGAUAUUUUAUCGGAUAUUAGUUGGUUUCUAAAUUGUUAGCUAAGCUGAACUGAAACCGAAAUGAAAUUUAUAUAUAAUCGAACAAUUCAUAUAUUCUAGAGCUGAUAAACAGAAAAAAAAACGGAACCAGAACUGAAGUGAAAACCAAAAAUCCGUGACUAAUCAAAACUAUUAAUUCUACAGUUAGUAAUGACUAAAUACAAAAAUCUUAAAAUUCUAUUUACGUAUUAACUUCAACGAAGGCUCGCUUCAUCACAAACAAAUACUAAAAUACAUGCACCAACACAUUAUUGAUAAAAGAAACCACAUAAUAUAUUAAACAUUCACCUACUACUAUAUACCUCAAAACAGCAUCACCUCAACAAAAUCACACACAACAACAAAUGUGCUGAAGCGCGGGCAUGUCCUAGUUUAAUUAUAAAUAAAUGUAGUUUUCAAAAAUAAUAAUAAAUAUGUUAAUUUUAAAAAUAUAAUCUUGUUUUGAAGGUAUCUUUCAAAAUUUUCCCUGUCUGUCUGGGUUGUUGAUGUUUUUAAGAAAAAAGGAAAUAGUGAAAGUUAAAUCAUUUAUUUACCAAUCCACCGACGGAGCCUAUAAAUACCAGAGAGAAAGAGAUUGUUUGUCACUUCAAAAAAUUCUUUCUGACGCAGACACAACAUAAACUCUCUCUCGACAUUUGUCUCAAUUAGGGUUUCGUUUGUUUGUGAAAAAAAAGAAAAGAAUGGUGAAAGGAGGUACGAAGAGGAAGCCUGAGAUGAAGAAGAUCACAAACAAAGCUUCGCGCGCUACAACUUUUUCGAAACGCAGAGACGGUCUCUACAGCAAAGCGGCUCAGCUUUGUGUUCUCUCCGACGCUCAAAUCGCUAUCUUAGCGACACCGUCGUCUUCUUCCAACUCCAACGCUUCUUUCUUCUCGUUUGGUCACUCCUCCGUUGAGUCCGUUGUCUCGGCUUAUCUCGCCGGACAGAGACUUCCUCCUGUUUCAUCAUCUCGUGACACGAGAGAAGACCUCGGUAUAUGUAUGGCUCGCAAGGAUCUAGGGUUAGGGUUUUGGUGGGACGACGACAAGCUUGCCAAUUCGAAGAAUCCGGAGGAACUUAUGGAAGCGAUGGAGUCUAUGAAAGUACUCAUGAGUCAUCUCAAGGGUUUGGAGGAUCAAACCCUAUCAACGGUCGAUCAAUCACCUGACUUGGAUGAAUGGAGCGAGAUGGAACUUACUCAACUCCUCCAAGAUUGUGAUGAUGUACCACCACCACCUCCUCUUGUUAGCAACACUGACAAAGAAGAAGAGGAUCAGACUGUAUCUGACAACAACAACAACAACUCUGUAUCAUCAUUACCUGCUGCAGCCGAAAAAAGCUUGGAAGAAGUGACGAUGGAUCUUGAUUUUGAUACUAUUUUUGAAGGUUUGCUAUCCUAUGAUGAUGAGGAUCUCUUCUGGUCUGAUGACCUAUUGUUCAUGUAAUUUUGAGGAGACUACGUUCGGUUUGUGUCUCCAUGUCUUAAUCAAGUGUAAUAACAUGUUUAACAAGUAAAAUUUGAGGUUUGUGUACUUCUUCUUGUUAUGUUUUUGCUUAUUUGUUCUCACAUAUAUUCUUUGCAAACGGGUACUGAUCUCUGUUCGUAUCUUCAAUAAGAAGUUUUAUAAACAAAACAUACAUUAGGGACAUUCAUUAUAAAUCAGCACUGACAUUCAUAUUGUAAUAUUCAAUCUUACAAAACUGAAUGUUGCGAGCAGAGCAUGGAUCCUCUAGCACAUACCUCAACAGAGUACAAAAGACUAUCUCUGCUACAGUUCUCAAUACAAAAAAUUCUUCAAAAGCAUAAUUAGUCUUUACUUUACACAAUCCAAUUGUCCGCACGACCACCCUUACUCCUACAAGAGAGUGUCGUGUCCUGAAAUUUAACUGCCAAGAUGAUAAAAGUAGACAAAGUCGUGUUCCAUUAGGGAAGAUGAACAUCGCAGCUUGGGCGAAAGAAGAACAACACCAACAAUAACAACAUUGUAGAUGCGGAGGAGACACAGAGGAUUGAGUUUGAUAAAUGAGAAGAAGCAGAGGAAUCCAAACAUGACACAGAGGAUUAAGUGUUGCUGUUGUUUUUUUUUUUUUUUUUUUUUUUUAAGUUUGUACUCUUAUAUAUGGCCUUAAUAAUAGCUUGUUCGGUGAACAAACACAGAGUAACAGACUUAAAAACGUGUUAAGUCUAAUCAGAAGCAGAGAUGCGACCUAUUGAGGUUACAAAAAUAUGUUGUGGUUGGUUCUCAUGCGUCAUUAGACUAUGGGGUAACUUUUAUCUUUUGAAUAAAACAUGAUUGACUUACGUUAGGUCUCUAGGUCUUUCCUAUUGCCUUAAGGAAAAAAAUUAAACCAGAACUUAUACAAAGACAAUGUAAGUCGGUCUACGCAAACCGAACAACAAUUGUGCUAGUGGCCUUCUAUAAAAUUUCACUGUAGUGCACACUAGUACUUUUGGUUCUGUUAGCUCAAUGAUUAGUUCUUUUACAUCAUACAUGGCUUUCAGAGUUAAUCCAUAUUAUGCAGUUUUAUUAUUAUCCCGAAGGUAUCCUAAACCUAUUGAAUUACUCAGAGUAAUUUCAAAUACAAAUGUAUCAUAUGGAUAGACUAUCUCUCUUUGUAUUUAAAUGAAAUCUAAAUUAUGGCUUUAUAUCCACGUGACCAUAAAGUAAAUGUAAUGUUUAACCCCGGAUUAUUUAGCUUCUCAAAGUUCGCCUACCACUAAACCACCACAUUAUUAUAUAAAGUUUUUGAUAUUUUUUUGUAAAAGGUCUGACACACUUUAUUAUAUCAACAAUUUUCUUUGAAGAUUAAAUGAUUCAUUUGGAAAUAGUUAGAACUGUUUUAGUAUGUGUUUCUAGAUAAUUAAAAAAAACAUUUAGUAAACAACAGACCAAAAUUUAAUUUUAUAUAGAGUAAAAAAAUUACAAGUCAAUAAUAUCAUCAGAACUAUAGUAUUAAUUUAUAUCAUUAUUAAUUAUUAUUAUAAAAUAUUUAUAUUUAAACAUUUUUUUUAAAAAAAAUUGAUAAAACUUUGUAGAUUUGUAUUUCGUCAUUUUAUUAGAUUAUUUAAUAUAUUUUAUGUAUCGAUAAUGCAUAUUCUAAAAUAUAAAUGUGUUUUUAGAUGUAAUUUAA